AUGCUGUCUUCGACAUUUCUAAUAUCUGCUUUGGUUUCCUCUGCCCUGGCUAUUUGGCCUCAACCCGUCUCGUACACGAAUGGUACUGGUGUUUUGUGGUUGGAUCGGAAUGUUAAGGUUACAUAUGAUGGCGGCCUUUCUACAGGAUAUUCUGUUGAUGGGGCUGGGAAUGUUACAAAUAGCAAAACUAUUGUUUCCAGUGCUGUAACUCGUGCCAUGACCAAGAUCUUCUACCAGGGUUUGACACCAUGGAAAUUCUAUGCACGAAAUACCUUGUCCCAAGUUGAGCCCUCGGCCACUUCAAACAAGACCUACAUUACCGAACUCUACAUCGCCCAGACCGGACACGAUAAUUCCUCCACCUUUAAACCUACGGAUGGCCAAGUAGACGAAUCUUAUAACCUCACCAUCACUACUGACGGAAAGGCCACCAUCAGCGCCCCCUCGUCUAUCGGCAUACUUCAUGCACUGACAACGUUCACACAACUUUUCUACACACAUUCCGUUGCUAAGGCCGGCGUCUACACGAAACUAGCUCCUGUGACAAUUUAUGAUGCACCAAAGUUUGCCCAUCGUGGGAUGAACAUGGAUAUAUCUAGAAAUUGGUAUCCCGUGGAAGAUAUCAAGAGAACGAUGUUGGCCUUGCAUUACAGCAAAUGCAAUGUUAUUCAUCUUCACAUCACUGAUGCUCAGUCAUGGCCUUUGGAUAUUCCAGCACUUCCUGAGUUGUCCAAGUUGGGUGCUUACCAAACCGGAUUGUCAUAUACCCCCCAAGACUUAAAGGAGAUCCAAGAAUAUGGAACUAAUCUUGGCCUCGAGGUCAUUUUAGAAAUUGACAUGCCUGGUCAUACAAGCUCAAUUGGAUUUUCUCAUCCUGAGCUCUUGGCCGCUUUCAACGCCGAACCCUGGGAUACCUACUGUGCUGAACCUCCUUGUGGAUCGUUGAGACUUAAUGACUCCGCCGUACCAGCAUUCCUGGAGACACUGUUAAAUGAUCUUCUUCCUCGAGUCUCCCCAUAUUCAUCGUACUUCCACACUGGUGGAGACGAAGUCAAUGUUAAUACUUAUUUGCUGGAUCCUACGGUUCAGUCAAAUGAUACAGAGGUUCUUCGACCAUUAAUCCAGGCAUUCGUGGACAGAAACCACCAACAAGUCAGAGCUGCUGGACUUACACCAAUGGUUUGGGAAGAAAUGCUCACAACAUGGAACCUCACCUUGGGACCAGAUGUUCUCAUUCAAUCAUGGCUCAGUGAUGCCUCAGUCGCUCAGAUCGUCGGUGCUGGACAUAAAGCUAUUGCUGGCAACUAUAACUUUUGGUAUCUCGAUUGCGGCAAAGGACAAUGGCUCAACUUCCAACCAGGAGCAUCCUCCCAAGCUUACUACCCCUACCUCGAUUACUGUUCUCCUACCAAGAAUUGGCGUCUAGUCUACUCUUAUGAUCCUCUCGCCGGAGUCCCGGAAAACUCAACUCACUUGGUUGUUGGCGGAGAAUUCCACAUCUGGUCCGAGCAAACCGACGCCAUCAACAUUGACGAUAUGGUAUGGCCACGAGGAGCUGCGGCCGCGGAAGUCUUGUGGUCAGGAGCCAAGGAUCCAGUAACUGGACAGAAUAGAAGUCAAAUCGACGCAGGCAGUAGAUUGCCAGAAUUCAAUGAGCACUUGAGAACCAUGGGAAUCCGAUCGGGACCUGUACAAAUGAUUUUCUGCACGCAAUCGGACUCAACCGAGUGUUCAUUGUAA